GAUCUCUUCUGUAAUACGCCAACGCUGAAUUUCAGCGUUCCACUUUCCAGAAAAGUCAAUAACAUCACGAGAAAGAGAUUAGUAGUUACCUUGUACUUUUAAUUAUCACGCUUUACUACUCAUUUUUAAAAGAUAAAUGAUACGUUUUAAAAAUGAGUAGUAAAGCGGCUAAAGUAGCUGAAUUAUUCACUAAAACAAUAGCAACUACAAAGUGUUUUGAUCAACACUUACGUAAGGUUAAACUCGUAUGCUGCACAAACGGUAGGCUAGUCACGGAGUUCCAAGUGGGUCCAGAGCACCUGAACCAACGAGGUACACUCCAUGGAGGUUUUAUUGCACACCUUGUUGAUGCUAUCUCCACUUAUGCACUCACAGCCAAUGAAACCUGUGACACAAGGGGUGUGUCUAUAGAUCUUAGUAUAAGUUAUUUGAGCGCAGCAAGAGAAGGAGACAAUAUAGAAGUGGAAGCAGUUACCAAGAAAUUGGGAAAGAAGAUUGCUUUUCUGGAGGUUGAGGUGCGGAACAAAGAUAAAAACCAGCUCCUAGCUACCGGCAGACAUACUAAAUAUGUGGGAAUUUAAAUAACUAUAUUUUCUUUUAUAACUGUUAAAUAAUAACGGUCUUACUAAUAAAAUGUUACCCAUUCGCUAUUCAAUGGAUUAGUUAUUGCAAUAAGCUGUCUUUUUUCUUUUUUUUUUUAUUGUGUGAUAGGGAAGCGCUUGACCACGAUCUCGCCUGAUGGUAAGCUGAGAUGUGGCCUAUGAUGGACCGCGCUUCCCUAGAAGGUACCCGUUCACUCUUCGCUUGAAGACCUUAUGACCUUAACCUGUCUUGUUUUUAUGAUUGACGUUUCACGUGAGCAAGAGCAGGGACACAGCUAUGGUAGAAAAUGGUUGAAAUUUAUCCAUUGUUUAACUUUUUAUUAGUAAGGCUGUUAGAAUAUUAAAUGUUGUGUAAUAAAUGUAUAGAAAAAUAUGCUUAGUAUAAGUUUCAAUUGAUCGCCCGGGUUGCUCUGAGAUACUAUAAAAAUAGAGUAUUUGUCACUCAGAAAUAAAGUGGUUUCUAUUGAUUUAAGCUGACCUGUAGUUUCUGAGCAUUGCUUGCAUUGCUAAAUAAUAAUAUUCUCUUGUCAUAGUGUUUGUAAUAAUAUCUCUGAAAUAGCCUGACCAAUUCAUAUGAAGUUUGGGUAGGCUUGCAUUGGGACAACAUCUAAAAAUAGCUUUUUGUUUAAACUUUUAAGUACUGUGCAAUCAAAGCUUAUAUUUACUGAGAAAGUACAAAUACUUCUGAUUUUGUAUUGUCUUGUGACGCAACCCCAUAGCUCCAGUGCAAAGUGAGAUUAGAAUAAUAAUGUAUGUAAAUAGAUUUUAAAUUAAUUAAGAUUAUCAAUUAUUAUUAGCUUCAAAAAUUAUUGUACUGUGUUGGUGUAUGUGUAUUUGAUGUAUACUUAAUGUGUUGUCUGUGUUAAAUAAAAGAAUGUAGUUGAAAA